GGCGAAUAAUUCCACGCCGGGCUAUUGUCUGGUCCCCGGGCUCGGGCGAGCGACCAAUCAGGCUGCGCGUCCGCGCGGGUUUGCCGGCUCGGAAGAAUAUUUUUAAAAGGGGAGCUGCGCCGCGAGCGCUGAGAAGCAAGCAGGCGAGAGAGGACGACGACAGCGGCGGCGGCGGCGGCAGUCCCAACUUUUGCGCACCAACUUCGGAGGAAGGCGCGACUCGACCUCGGAGUGGGGGUGUGGGGGAGGGUUUGUUUGACGUCCCCCGGCAGCCGCCCCCCCCCCCUCGCCGCGGCCACUCUCCCAUGGCCGGAGCGUCGCGUCGCCUGGCGCGCUGAGCCAGCGGCACCGGCCCCGCCAUGUCCAUGCUGCCGACGUUCGGCUUCACGCAGGAGCAAGUGGCGUGCGUGUGCGAGGUGCUGCAGCAGGGCGGCAACAUCGAGCGCCUGGGCCGCUUCCUGUGGUCGCUGCCGGCCUGCGAGCACCUGCACAAGAACGAGAGCGUGCUGAAGGCCAAGGCGGCGGUGGCCUUCCACCGCGGCAACUUCCGCGAGCUCUACAAGAUCCUGGAGAGCCACCAGUUCUCGGCGCACAACCACCCCAAGCUGCAGCAGCUGUGGCUCAAGGCGCACUACAUCGAGGCGGAGAAGCUGCGCGGGCGGCCGCUGGGCGCCGUGGGCAAGUACCGCGUGCGCCGCAAGUUCCCGCUGCCGCGCUCCAUCUGGGACGGCGAGGAGACCAGCUACUGCUUCAAGGAGAAGAGCCGCAGCGUGCUGCGCGAGUGGUACACGCACAACCCCUACCCGUCCCCGCGCGAGAAGCGCGAGCUGGCCGAGGCCACCGGACUCACCACCACGCAGGUCAGCAACUGGUUCAAGAACCGCCGCCAGCGGGACCGCGCCGCCGAGGCCAAGGAAAGGGAGAACAACGAGAACUCCAACAACAACGGCGGCAACAACGGCGGCAAUGCGCUCACCUCGUCGCUGAACGGAACUAAAACUCUUUUGGGCAGCUCGGACGACGACAAAACGCCCGCGGGCACGCCGGACCACCGCCCUUCGCCCAGCCCGGCGCUGCUGCUCGGCUCGGCCGGCGGCGGCGGCGGCGGCGGCGGAGGAGGAGGAGGAGGGCAGCUGGCCCCCUUGCACGGCCUGCCGCCCCCGCCCGGACCCGCCGCCGUCCCGGUAGCCGGCGGCGCUGACUCGGCCCACCACCACCACCAACACCAACACCCCCACCCGCACCUCCACCAUCACCAUCCUCUUCCUCAUCAUCAUCCUCACCACCACGCCAUGCAUCACGACAGCAUUCUGAACCCGAUGUCGGCCAACUUGGUGGACUUGGGAUCGUAGAAGAAGGCUUUGGAGGAGGACCACGUGCACAAG